AUGCUGCCGGCUCCCCCAGCCCAGCGCCCGCACCCCCUUCUCUGGACACCCCCCGCGGCCGAGCCCCCGCCUCCACCUUGGGCCUGGGUGCUGCCGGCAGCCGCGGGGCUGCUGAGGGUCGGCGGCACCGCUGGGGCUCCCCCCCCCCCGCCGCCGCCGCCGCUGCUGCUCCCGCCGCCUCCCGCGCCCCCCCCGCCCGCCGCCGCCUUGCUGCGGGCAGCCCCGGGCUGGCGCGUCCCCUGCGAGCCGCUGCUGCCGCUACUCGCGGCCGCCGAACAGCACCCGGCAGCUCUCCUGCACGGGCAGUGGCUAUUUGGGGCUCACUCUCCAGUCAUUGGAUUUUCACCUUCCUCGAACGUGGAGUUCGUUCCAGUCUUGCCACCUGUGUAUGCCUCCACAGUUCCACCCCACGCUGGGAAAAACUGGAUUGAUAAGAGGCUGCCGAGCUGCAAAAUAUACUUGAAUAAUGCCUUUGCUCUGGACUCAGUGUGGAUACAUCCUGAGGAAUCAAGGCUCUUCCAGGGCAGUGAGAAGCCUCUCUUAAUGACAAACCAUGUAGCCAUGGCUAUAGCCAGGCCAGCUGCUGCCUCCAGGCCUCUUCCCACCGUGGUGUUGGCACCUCAGCUGAUACCAGGUGGCUGCCAGAACAGCCUUAAACCAGUCAGCAGCAAUCAAGCCCUGGCGCUGGCCACCACGGCCACCACCGCGAUGCUGUCAGUGGACCCUGAAGCCCCUCAAGGACCUUCAGCACCAAGCUUCCAGCCCUGCCACUUGCUGACCUUCUCACCUAUCAAAAUUCCACUCUUAGCUUCGCCUUUUCAAGGUUCUGCCUCCAGGCUGGACACUCAUAUGGGUCCCUUGAUGCCAACACAAGUCACCAGGGUGACUGCUGUGUCUGCACCAGCUGUGACCUUCAUGGCAACCAAUCUGAUGGACCAGGCAUUAACAGAUGCCAGCAAAGAACCCAGUAGAUCCUCCUGCCCACCCACCUUGAUUUUACACAGGGAGAGGAAGAGCACCCCCAUGGAGAGCAAUGGAGAGAAGGAGCACUCUUUUAAGCUGGUAACUGAAGAUGACAGCAUGUCAAAUGUCAACAAGCCCGUGGCAUCCACCCCAGUGCCAGGAUCACCAUGGUGUGUAGUCUGGACUGGAGAUGACCGGGUCUUCUUCUUCAACCCUACAAUGCAGCUGUCGGUCUGGGAGAAGCCGACGGACCUGAGGCACCGCGGGGACAUCAACCGCAUCAUCGAGGACCCCCCGCACAAGCGCAAGCUGGAGCCGGCAGCAGCAGAUAAAUGUCUUAGUUCUGGUCCAGGGGAUGAAGGUGAUGAUCUGAGCAUCAAAACUAAGAGAAAUAAAACAGAAGAUUCCCAAGCUGCUGACCAGGGGGAGGCUGAAAUGGAGGAGAAAACUGAGGAAACAUCAGCACCUCAGGUCACACCUCCCCUAGAAGAGCGCAUCACUCACUUCCGAGACAUGCUUCUGGAGAGAGGGGUUUCAGCAUUUUCUACGUGGGAGAAAGAGCUGCACAAAAUAGUCUUUGAUCCACGCUACCUUCUGCUCAACUCAGAAGAACGUAAGCAGAUAUUCGAGCAGUUUGUCAAGACCAGGAUCAGAGAAGAGUACAAAGAGAGGAAGAAUAAAUUGUUGCUAGCCAAAGAAGAGUUCAAAAAGCUCCUUGAAGAAUCCAAGUUAUCACCAAGGACAACCUUCAAGGAAUUUGCAGAGAAGUACGGAAGGGAUCAGCGGUUCCGCCUGGUCCAGAAGAAGAAGGACCAGGAGCAUUUUUUCAAUCAGUUCAUCCUUAUUCUUAAAAAGAGGGACAAAGAAAACAGGAUAAGGCUACGGAAAAUGAGAUAA